AUGGCGUGGGACAUGUGCAGCCAGGACUCUGCAUGGAGUGACAUCGAGUGUGCUGCUCUGGUUGGCGAAGACCAGCCUCUUUGCCCAGAUCUCCCAGAACUUGACCUCUCCGAACUAGACGUGAACGACCUGGACACGGACAGCUUUCUGGGGGGGCUCAAGUGGUACAGUGACCAGUCAGAGAUCAUCUCCAACCAGUACAGCAAUGAACCCGCCAAUAUAUUCGAGAAAAUAGAUGAAGAGAAUGAGGCGAACUUGCUAGCGGUUCUCACUGAGACACUGGACAGCAUCCCCGUGGAUGAGGAUGGAUUGCCUUCGUUUGAUGCACUGACAGAUGGAGAUGUGACCAAUGAAAAUGACGCUAGCCCUUCCCCAAUGCCCGACGGCACCCCUCCAACCCAGGAGGCAGAAGAGCCGUCUCUACUUAAGAAGCUCUUGCUGGCUCCAGCCAACACUCAGCUAAAUUACAAUGAAUGCAGUGGUCUCAGCACACAAAACCAUGCAAACACAAAUCACAGGAUCAGAACAAGCCCUGUGGUUGUUAAGACUGAGAAUUCAUGGAGCAAUAAAGCAAAGAGCAUUUGUCAACAGCAAAAGCCACAAAGACGUCCCUGCUCUGAACUUCUCAAAUAUCUGACUACAAAUGAUGACCCUCCUCAGACCAAACCAGCAGAGAACAGGAACAGCAGCAAAGAGAAAUGCACCUCCAAAAGGAAGCCCCAUCUGCAGUCUCAGACAAAUCACCUGCAAGCCAAACCAACAAGUUUAUCACUUCCGUUGACGCCCGAGUCACCAAAUGAUCCCAAGGGUUCCCCAUUUGAGAACAAGACUAUUGAACAAACCUUAAGUGUGGAACUCUCUGGAACUGCAGGCCUAACUCCACCUACAACCCCUCCUCAUAAAGCCAACCAGGAUAAUCCUUUUAGGACUUCACCUAAGCCGAAGUCAUCAUGCAAGACUGUUGUACCACCUUCAAAAAAGCCCCGCUACAGUGAGUCUUCCGGUUCACAAGGAAACAACCCGAUCAAGAAGGGUCCAGAACAGUCUGAGCUGUAUGCACAGCUUAGCAAGACUACAGUACCGUCCAGUGGACAUGAGGAGAGAAAGACAAAACGGCCCAGUUUGCGGCUGUUUGGUGACCAUGACUACUGUCAAUCUGUGAAUUCAAAGUCGGAAAUACACAUUAAAAUAUCCCAGGAACUUCAGGACUCCAGACAACUAGAAUUUAAGGGUUCUUCACCUGGGUGGCAGUGUCAGAUUUGUUCUUCUUUAGAACAAGACCAGUAUUUCAAGAAAGAGACUUUACAGACAAGUAAGCAGGGAUCCCUCGGUAAUAACAGAAAACAGCUCCAAGACCAGGAAAUUCGGGCUGAACUGAAUAAGCAUUUUGGUCACCCCAGCCAAGCUGUUUUUGAUGAAGAAGCAGAUAAGACCAGUGAACUAAGGGACAGUGAUUACAGUAAUGAACAAUUUUCCAAACUACCUAUGUUUAUAAAUUCAGGACUAGCAAUGGAUGGUCUCUUUGAUGACAGUGAAGAUGAAAGUGAUAAACUAUGCUACCCUUGGGAUGGGACACAAGCCUAUUCAUUAUUUGAUGUAUCACCUUCUUGCUCUUCUUUUAACUCUCCAUGCAGAGAUUCAGUGUCUCCACCCAAAUCCUUAUUUUCUCAAAGAUCCCAAAGGACACACUCUAGAUCAAGGUCCUUUCCUCAACGCAGGUCUUGUUCCCGUUCUCCAUAUUCCCGAUCGAGAUCAAGGUCGCCCUGUAGUAGAUCCUCUUCAAGAUCUUGUCACUGUUAUGAGUCCAGCCACUGCAGACACCGAGCAUACAGAAGUUCUCCCUUACGUGCAAGAUCGCGAUCCAGAUCACCGUACAGUCGCAGACCCAGAUAUGACAGCUAUGAGGAAUAUCAGCAUGAAAAGCUGAAGAGGGAAGAAUACCGCAAAGAGUAUGAAAAACGGGAAUCUGAAAGGGCCAAACAAAGAGAGAGACAGAGGCAGAAAGCAAUUGAAGAACGUCGUGUGAUUUAUGUGAGUAAAAUCAGACCUGACACAACCCGAACAGAACUGAGGGACCGGUUUGAAGUUUUUGGUGAAAUCGAGGAGUGCACAGUAAAUUUGCAGGAUGAUGGAGACAGCUAUGGUUUCAUCACCUACCGCUACACUUGUGAUGCCUUUGCUGCUCUUGAGAAUGGAUACACUUUACGCAGGUCAAAUGAACCUGACUUUGAGCUGUACUUUUGCGGACGCAAGCAAUUUUGCAAGUCUAACUAUGCAGACCUAGAUUCAAACUCAGAUGAUUUUGAUCCUGCUUCCACUAAAAGCAAGUAUGACUCCAUGGAUUUUGAUAGUUUACUUAAAGAGGCACAGCGGAGCCUGCGCAGGUAACAUGCAUCACACCAGAGGAAAACGGAGGGAUGGCGAAUACCUCACGGACAUCACGUCCUUCAAUAAUGGACAAUUAAAAAGUCAUACUUAGGAAUUUCUCCUACUUUACACUCUCUGUUCAAAACCAUGGUUUACAUGAACACAGCUGCUCGAGGAGUGAGGAGGCGGAAUGGCUAUCCAGCAAGCACACGCAUGUCCAUGGGUGUCAGCUUUGCUUUCGCGGGUGACCGGUGGCGGGGGAGCCCAGCGGUCCUCGUGCAGUUGAGGGCAAACCACAUGUCAUGGCAGCAGUUCCACAGAGAUACACUUACAAUAUAGAACUUCAAAAUGUGUACAUAGUGCAUUUUAACAAAAAAAAACAAAUUAGAAGAAAACAAAUUUGAGAACUAUGGCUGCUGAUGUCUGAGAAUCAGACACUGCAUUUUUUUUUUAAAUGAAGCUUCUUCUCACAACACAGUGAUAAUAUGACAAUCCAGAAGAAACCACAGGUCCCAGAAGUCUGCAAUGUGUUUUAGUUUUGUUUUAAGAUUUUUCUUUUCUUCUCUUUUCUGUUUUUUUCUUCUUUUUUUUUCCUUGCAGAAGAGAAAAUGAAAGGCUAAAGCUUCCCUAACAUUUUGAAGUUUCAUCUUUUAAUUCUGACACCCAUGUAAAUGUCUACAACGUUGAUCUUCCACAGCAAAGUUUUCAAAGCCUUGUUAAUGGUCAAAUGUGCAGCUUGUUCAGCGAUUUAUUCUAAUGAGCGGACGUGGUGUUACAUUAUUAAUGAGAGUUGGAUAUAACUAUCUGGGUGUGUGCACAGAUAGUUUAUUUGCUACAUUCUUUAAAGUAGUUGAGUAUUUACAGAUGUUAAAUGGAGUAUUUUUAUUUAUGUACAUACUGUAUGACAAUGGUUUUUUUUGUUACAGCUAUGCACUGUAAAUGCAGCCUUCUUUUCAAAAACUGCUGAAUUUUUCUUAAUCAAGAAUACUCAAAUGUAAUUAUAUGAGGUGAAACAAUUAUUGUACACUAACAUAUGUAGAAAGCUGAACUUAACGCUUAUAUAUAUUUGAUUGUAAAAAAAAGAGAAAAGCGUGUGGGUGAGGGUGUGCGUGUGUGCGUGUGUCUGAGUGCAAAAAUGCUUUACACACAUUCAUCCCUCCUUUGGUGAGCUUAUAUAAGAACUUUGUCAACACUUAUCCUAGCCCAAAAGGUAUUAACCACUUCUGCAGUAUUUUUCCACAUUUUUCUCAUUGCUUGAUUUUCUUUUGCAGUUUUAUACACUGAAUUUGUUAGGGAAAUGAAAUUUUCUCAUCUAAAUUUUUCUAGGAGAUACCAUAAUUUUAUGUAAAGUCUCUCAAAUGGGUAAUCGUUAAGAAAUGUUUUUAUUUUAUGUAUCAACAGUAGUUUUGGAACUAGAGGUCAAAAAUCUUUUUAAAAUGCUAUUUUGUUUUAAUUUUUGUGAUUUUAAUUUGAUAAAAAUAUGCUGAGGUACUAAGUACAGUAUGAUUUUUACAGUAAUUCUGUGUCUAAACACUGUUGUCGAAGCCAGUAAUCUUUUCAUUGGCAGAGUUUAAUGAUGGUAUUUAUCUAUAUUUUUUACAGUUAUGCAUCCUGUAUAAAUACUGAUCCUUCAUUCCUUUGUUUACUAAAGAGACAUAUUUAUCAGUUAAGAUUAUCCUAUUUAUUAUAAAUUAUGAGAUGACUAAAAUAAUAAAAGGCCAGUGGAAAUUUUAUACCUAGGAUGCAUGAUGGUUGUCAGUUUGGAGUAAGUGCUUUGUCUGGAAAUUCAGCUUUUGCAGAAGCAGUGGUUUUUUGUUUUUUUUUUUUUUUCUUCUUCUUCUUCUUUUUUACUAUGCACUAGCAUGGCCUCAGAUGUGCCCAUGACAUUGUUGCUGAUGACAUUGCUUCUGCUAAAUUAAAUAUAAACUUCAGGAAAGAAAAAAAAAAGAAAACACAACAGUAAACUACUACUAUUCUGAGCAUCAGAAUUUCAUCUGAACGUGGAGUCUCUAGACUGAAUCAGCAAAGUUUGGAAUUUGCUUGCGAAUGUAUAGAUUUGGUAUUCUAUUACUGUUUGGCAUUCAUGACUCCUCUUAAAGGUAUGGCACACCUAACUAUUUAAUCUCCUUUCCCACUCCCAAUCUUAGAAAACUGAUUCCACCCCCAUGCCAGUGCAGUUGAUUUUGAUGGCUGCAUUCAUUUUAUCACCAGCAUAUUGUGUUCUGAGAGAUUCCACUGUCUGUCCUGUCGGAUGCUUGCUUGAUUUUUUGGCUUCUUAUUUCUCAGUAGAUAGAUAGCAAUAAAAAAGAAAAAAGAAAAAAAGAAAAGAACUUUUU